AUGUCUGAGGUUACUCCUAGGGGAUACGAAAACAUGUUCUUCGGAUUGUUCGGAAUAACCAACCGCGCCUCCAGCAUCAUAGGACCAAAUGUAGUCCAAGCAAUCAUAAAUUCCACAAACAACAACUGGAUGGGUUUCCCAUUUCUUUUUUCUCUCUGUUUCGCUGCCAGUGUCGUCAUCUGGUUCGUGGACAUUGAAAAGGGGAGAGAAAAUUGCAGGAAAUAUGUCGAGGAGCGGAAACUUAUAAGAGUAGCGAAAGAGAGCGGGCUUACCACUGACGAAGUGAUCGAUGGUGUAACAACCGGAGAACUCGUUCCUGAAGCUACUUCGAGUGGGAGUGGGAGCGUUGAGGCUGUGAGUGUGCAGCCAUGUAAAAAGGGUCAUGUGGAUUGA